GCUGCUUUCCUGUCAAGACUUGAUUAGGUUAUCCUAUCUAAUGAUUAUUCUAGAUUUUUAGCCAUGAUGGAAGCUGAGAUGAGUAACGAUGCAGGAGGGGUACCUGCUCCCACUAACGAAGAGAGGGUAGCUACAGUUACUGCAGUCGACCCAAGCGCACUUACUCCAACUGCUAUGAGGGGUCUCAGGGACAUCGGAUCACAGGCAACUUGGUGGCUGAGCACAUGUAAACCGGGCUUUGGUGUUGAUCAUCUCAGAGACAACUCAUUAGAAACAUACUGGCAAUCUGAUGGACAACAGCCUCACUUUAUUAACAUAAACUUUAAGAGGAAGACAAGUGUUAAAUCUAUAUGUUUUUAUGUGGACUACAGACAGGAUGAGAGUUAUACUCCUUCCAGAAUAUCUGUUAGGGUCGGUAACAACAUGUUAGACCUAGUUGAAGUUGCUAAAGUGGAAAUGGUGGAACCUUCCGGCUGGAUUAAUGUCGACUUGGAUUCUGGGAAAGACGAUUCAGUCAGGGCCUUCAUGUUACAGGUAGCGAUAUUGUCAAACCACCAGAACGGACGAGACACCCACCUACGACAGGUAAAAGUGUACACCCCGGCCCUCUCAACACCCUCCCAACUCAACCUCAACUUUACCAGCCCUCUACUCGCCCAGUUCAGGGACCUCAAGUAGAUCAACGUGGUGGUGAAACGAGCGUUUGUUGUUAGUGUAUGGUCUGCUCUGUCAGGUACACUGGCACAGGGCCGGGCCUAAUGUUGUUCAGUGAUUACAAGUGUA